UCUCGACACUCGUCAAUCGGCCAUCGUGCAUUUACGCUGGUGAUUUAGUGUUUGCCAUCAAUUUUUUGACUUCUCAGAUACAGUCUUCUUCUCAGAAGAAAUUCCAGUUUCUUGCAAUAUUAAGCAAGAUGAUUUCUUUACAAGAUAUCUUGCCACCUGUGAGUGGCCAUGUGUGGGACCGGGAAGCUGAGGAUGACAGAAGACGACUCCAGCGCCAACUGCAGCAAAUGGCGCUCGUCUCAACAGCCCGGUCUGCUCCUCCAUAUUUACAUAGAAAGGGAUGGGUUCCUCGGGUUCAAGAGGACUUUGGUGAUGGAGGUGCGUAUCCAGAGUGCCCUGUAGCUCAAUACCCUCUCAACAUGGGUAAGAAAGAUGACAAUGAAGGAGGGAAGACGAGCACAGCUCUUGCAGUACAGCUCGACUCUCAGGGAAAAGUCAAGUAUGACUUGCUGGCUCGACAAGGACACGCUAAAGACAAGAUAAUAUACAGCAAGCUGACAGAUCUGCUGCCAUCAGCUGUGACAAGCGAAGAUGAUCCUGAAAUUCAGAAGCCUGAGCAGGACACCAUUGAUGACAUCACAGAGAAGACCAGACUAGCGCUAGAGAAGCUCACUCAAGGAAAAAUUGCAGCUGCUAUGCCUGUCAGAUGUGCUGAGAAGCAGGCGCCUGCACAGUACAUCAGAUACACGCCAGGGCAGCAGGGCUCUGCCUUCAACUCGGGAGCGCAGCAGCGCGUCAUCAGAAUGGUUGAGAUGCAGAAAGACCCAAUGGAGCCUCCAAAAUUCAACAUCAGCAAAAAGGUUCCGCGAGGUCCCCCAUCUCCACCGGCACCUGUCAUGCACUCGCCAACAAGAAAAGUGACUGUAAAAGAACAACAAGAGUGGCGCAUCCCUCCAUCCGUGAGUAACUGGAAGAAUCCCAAAGGCUACACUCUACCUCUGGACAAGCGUCUCGCCGCUGACGGCCGCGGCCUGCAGUCUGUGCACAUCAAUGAGAAGUUCGCCAAGCUUGCAGAGGCGCUUUACAUCGCUGACAGAAAAGCUCGCGAACAGGUAGAGAUGAGGUCGCAGCUGGAGAAGAUGGCGGCGCAGAAGGAGAAGGUGCGCAAGGAAGAGUCCCUUAAGAUGCUGGCCAAGAAGGCGCGCGAGGAGCAAUCUGGGCUGCGGCCCCUGCCUUCAGGCGACGGCGAGGAGGCUGAGCGAGAUCGGCUCAGGGCGGAGCGGGCCAGGGAGCGCAAGCGGGAGGCAGCCAUGUCUGGCAACGACCGCAAGCUUGGCGGCGCUCGGGAACGCGACAUCACUGAACAAAUCGCCCUCGGACUGCCACAGAAAACUGCCAGUGGUGGGGAGGCUCAAUUCGACCAGCGUCUCUUCAACCAGUCUCGAGGAAUGGACUCAGGCUUUGGGGACGACGAGGCGUACAGCGUUUACGACAAGCCCUGGAGACAAGCAGGCAGUCUCGGCAACGCUCUCUACAGGCCUUCUGCUUCUGCAGCCGAUACCUUUGGUGGCAUGGAUGAGCUCAUGUCUACCAAGCGAUUUGUGCCAGACCGCGGGUUCUCAGGGGCGGACAGCAGCGUGAGCAGGUCAGGCCCUGUGGAGUUCCAGGCGUCGGGUGAAGGCGACAAGGAAGAGGAGGAUUUGUUCGGUGUCAUUGGGCUGCUCUCAGAGGCUAAGAAAGCCAGUAAACGAGGCACUGAUGCCGACGACAGAUCAGAUAAUAGAGAUAAAAGGCGGAGGCGAGAUUAAUCUUCUCAAUGUUUUCUCGUGGUAGCCUCGGCUAUGUUUAUGAUUAGUCCGUUAUUAAUUAUUAUUGACAUCAAAAAGCGGCACGUGUGUUCAGGUUAACGAAAACCUGUUAAUAGCUUGAAUAGAAUGAACCUCUUAGUGUUUAUUCCUAUAAGAGGGAAAUUUUUACUUCAAGGAAGGAUGUAACAGUAUGUUGAUGUAAUAACGAGUUGUGUUUGUUAAUAUGUAUAAAAAAAAAUAUUUGAAAUUUUUUCAAAAUUAGAUUCUGUUUCAUUGAGUCUUCUUGUGAUAAAUCUUAUUAAUUUUUGGUUCGACAUCUAACGGUAACAUUUUAAUUCAGUGGAUGGUAGUUUUCGUCACGCUGCAGUUAAUUUUAUAGAUUUUUCGUACAUGCUGAACUAGGAUGCGCAAGGCUCAAAUUUCUCUCAUUUUUCGAGGUGAAAUGUAUUAAGGAUGGGAUGCAGUGGGGUUUUUGUGGUUAAACGAGGAAAUAAUUUUGUGAUAUUUUAUUUGAUUUGUUGUAAUAUAAAGCAUAAAUAAAUAAGUUAGAUAAGGUCACUUUGAGUAAAUAAUAACUGUGA